AUGGGGCCCCCGGGCAAUAGGGGAUCAUGGGGCCCCUCUGUCUUUGCCCAAACUCAAAAAAGCCUAUGAUAGUGAAACUUUAUCUUUUAAAAGAAACUUCAAGCAGGCAGGAUUUUAAUGCAGAAGAGACAUGCUAUGUCUCUUGUGCAAUAAAGUUAGACAGCUGCAGGGGUGGACUGACAACUCAUGGGGCCCCCGGGCAAUAGGGGAUCAUGGGGCCCCUGUAUCCUUGCCCACAUUCAAACCACAACCAAAAAAGCAUUUGAAAGGUACCAGGGGCAUCUCAUGGGGCCCCCUUAUGACCCCGGGCCCUCGGGCAGUGCCUGAGUUCCCAAAUGGUCAGUCCGCCCCU